GACUGUUAGAGUUCACGAUUUCUGAUUGUCGCAACCAUGUCUGUGCUUCCCAAAACAGAGAAAAACGACGUCCCCGUCGUCGACAUUGACUCCGGUGACGACGCCGACAUCGCCGAAGUCGCCGCUCCUACAAAGAACGCCGCGUCUUCGCAGAAGACUCAAUCGGUGGCCGUGCCACAAGUUGAGGUUCAGCAGCAGGAAACCCCUGCGUCAAUUUCAGCUCCUUCGAUCUCUGACCGCCAAACCCUUGAUUCUCGAAGUUUCUGGAAAGCUGGAGAUUACGUUGUUGGUCCCGCUUCGAAGCCAGCGCCAUUUCAAGGUCACUUGGAACAUGCCCGGGUUCAUCCCAAGUUUCUUCAUUCUAACGCAACUUCCCAUAAGUGGGCUUUUGGAGCUAUUGCUGAGCUAGUGGAUAAUGCUGUUGAUGAGAUUCAAAAUGGUGCAACUUUUGUAAAGGUUGAUAAGCUUGAUAUCAUGGAGGAUACUUCACCAGCAUUAUGUUUCCUGGAUGAUGGUGGUGGAAUGGAUCCUGACUCGAUACGAAAAUGCAUGAGCUUGGGUUAUUCCUCAAAGAAGUCAAAGACAACAAUUGGACAGUAUGGCAAUGGAUUCAAGACUAGUACUAUGAGAUUGGGUGCUGAUGUUAUUGUUUUCAGUCGUGCAACGCGUUCAAGCCGGGCAACACAAAGUGUGGGUCUGCUAUCCUAUACCUUUUUGCGGAAAACUGGGCAAGAUGACGUAAUUGUUCCAAUGAUAGAUUUUGACAUAUCUGGCAAUUGGGCCGAGCCAAUUAUUUAUAGCUCACAGGAUGAUUGGUCAGACAACUUGAAAACAAUUCUUGAUUGGUCUCCCUUCACAUCAAAGGAGGAGCUCAUGGUUCAGUUUGAUGAUAUAGGUCCACAUGGAACCAAAAUUGUAAUAUACAAUUUGUGGUUGAAUGACGAAGGAGUAUACGAAUUGAAUUUUGAUGAUAAUGCUGAGGAUAUGAUGCUGAGAGAUGAGGCCAAUCAUGGAGCUGUGAAAAAGUUGAACAAAAAAAUUGUUCAGCUUCAGUCACAUAUUUCUUACUGCAUCCGUCAUUCUUUACGGGCAUAUGUUUCACUGUUGUACCUCCGAAAAUUUUCUAACUUCAAAAUUAUACUAAGGGGAAAACCUGUGGACCAAUUUGACAUUUUGGAUGAGUUAAAAUACUCAGAAGUAAUUAGAUACAAGCCCCAGCAAGCUGUGGCAUCAAAUGAGGCUGUGGUGGUUACAACCAUUGGAUUUAUAAAGGAGGCUCCUUCUCUUAAUGUUUCUGGAUUUAAUGUGUACCACAAAAAUCGCCUAAUCAAGCCCUUUUGGAAAGUAACUGGGGACGGUUCAUCUAAAGGGAAUGGUGUUGUUGGAGUGCUUGAAGCCAAUUUCAUAGAACCAGCACAUGACAAGCAGGAUUUUGAGAGAUCAUUGUUGUUCAUAAGGCUUGAAGCCAAGCUGAAACAAAUGACAAUGGAUUACUGGAAAGGUCACUGUCACUUGGUUGGAUUUCAGCCACCAAAUUUCAGAUCACAAAAUGUGCAAAAGGAAGUUCACAUUCGACAACCAGCUGGACGUUCAACUAAUUCACAGAAUGAGUUGCUUGCAGAAAAUUUUAGUUUCGAUCAGCCAAUUGUGAGUCUUCCAGCGACUGGCAUGCAGCGUUUGAGUCAUGAGCAGCAUGAUACAUCUAUUGGAACUGUAGGGUCUGUAUCUGCUGAUAAAAUCUGUGAAGAGAACAUAAAACUCUUCGUGAGGUGUGAAGAGUAUAGAGAAAAGGAGACAGAGUUGAAACAGACGGUUGAGGGCUUGGAGGAGGAGUUGAAAGAAAUCCAAAGGAAGCGUUCCCAUCUUUCUUCACUCUUAGAGGCUAAAAGGAAGCAGAAGAGUGGAAAGGGACAAUAAUUACGUUAGACAAGCAACAUGUUAAUGAAUGACAAUAAUUAAGUUAGAAAUAAUACUCAAACCAAUUCAAACACUAGCUUGAAAUGUGUUAAGUUUCGAGAUUUCUUACUCCAUCUUCCUUUUGUUCUCUGCUAGAAAUUUCAUGGUGGGUGAGAACGGUAAUGUUGUUCUCACGAUUUUGACUCAUUGAUGGUUUUGAACAUUUGCUUAAAGAAUUGCGUUGCACAAAGUCAUAGAGUGGAAGUCUCAAGUUCAACCAAUUGGUUUGCUUGCGAACCUCAAAACAGUGUCAUUCAAGCAGCAGAAACAGCCCAAGAUCCCGCUUGUACUUCCCCAACAGCUUUGCCUCGCUGGUGCCGUUAAGCAGAGGAGGGGGAGUUCAGCUUUGUAGCUUUGUGACAAUGGUGCCGUUGAAAGAUGAGCAGCAUCCUCAUCAAGUAAUCCUAGAGCUUUGAAGUUCUAUUGGAGAUUCUAGUUUCUUAAACUAGCUCUAUUAUUCCUUUGCCAAAGACAAGGAUAAUUCGAGGAAGUUCAACUUGAAGUUCAUGUCAUUUCUAAUUAGACUAUUAAUUGUGAAGUAAUGAGGUUUGGAUAAAUACAAUUAACAGAAUUAUUUGCGU